UAUACGCAACGAGCUGCCUUUGGUGGGUGCUUCGCAAACGGAACGGACUCAGGGCCAUAACUAUAAAACUUAGGACUGUGAGCCAAAAGCCAACAGAUGGUCGCCGGCUGUGCACGCGUCAAGUUAUCGGGAUCGCAAAUUCUUGGAUACCGCGCACAACCGUUAAAGUUAUAAAAGUGCUCAAAUUAAUUGAAACACUCGCAAAAUAUAGAAAACAAAUGAGAAUUUAUUAAUUAGAAUUAUUCAGAAUGCUGUCGAAUAUUUAUACAAAAUUGUGUUGAGGCGACCGUAGAAUGCCGUAAAAGAAUCACUUCACAAAUCAAAAGACAGUUUAUUUCUCAACAGAAAUCCAACAUGAAUUGGACAACGCCGAGUGUGGCCACAUCGGAUGAAAUAUUUAAGGAAAUUGCGAGUAAAACAAAUUUUGAUUUAAUUGGUGAGCGCAGGCAUCUGGUAAACUAUCCCAAACUGUUCCCCAAUAACAACAUACACCACAAUAACUAUCACAACAUCAACGACACCGACCACGACAGCAGCAAGAUCAAUACGAUGCUGCUACUCAACAGCACCGGCAACGAGAGUAACGCGAUGCCACCGAAUAUGGAUCCAUUGCUCAUGGAGCAGUAUUUACACAAUCGUGCCAUUGAGAGUCCAUGGUAUCACUUACUAAUCGCAAUGUACAGCGUACUGAUUGUAUUUGGUGCCAUUGGAAACAUCAUGGUGGUCAUUGCCGUAGUGCGCAAGCCAAUAAUGCGCACUGCCCGCAAUCUCUUCAUCCUCAAUCUGGCCAUAUCGGACUUGCUGCUGUGCCUAGUUACCAUGCCGUUAACUCUAAUGGAAAUUCUUUCAAAGUUUUGGCCUUACGGUUCAUGUGCCAUUCUGUGCAAAACGAUUGCCAUGCUGCAGGCAUUGAGCAUUUUUGUGUCCACAAUAUCCAUAACAGCCAUCGCUUUCGACAGAUAUCAGGUAAUCGUUUAUCCCACGAGAGAUUGCCUGCAGUUUGUUGGGGCUGUCACAAUAUUGGCUGGCAUUUGGAUACUUGCCCUGGUCUUGGCCUCGCCACUAUUGAUCUACAAAGAGCUGAUCAACAGAGAUAUUCCGCCGGUGCUGCACAAGUUCGGUGUACCACAUACGAUAUCAUACUGCAUCGAAGACUGGCCCCUGAAUGAAGGUCGAUUCUAUUACUCGAUCUUCUCGCUAUGCGUACAGUAUUUGGUGCCCAUUCUGAUUGUAUCGGUAGCCUAUUUUGGUAUCUACAACAAGCUGAAGAGUCGCAUCACAGUUGUCGCCGUGCAGAGUUCGUCGCAGCGCAAAGUGGAGCGUGGCAGGCGAAUGAAACGCACAAAUCGUUUGCUGAUUAGCAUUGCCGUCAUAUUUGGUGUGUCGUGGUUGCCACUGAAUUUUUUCAAUUUGUACGCGGACAUGCAACAUCCGUCGGCUGUAACGCAGAGAAUGCUUGUGGCAUAUGCCAUAUGCCACAUGAUUGGCAUGAGCUCCGCGUGCUCCAAUCCGCUGCUCUAUGGAUGGCUCAAUGAUAACUUCCGUAAAGAAUUUCAAGAACUAUUGUGUCGUUGCACUGAAUCCACUAAUGUUGCUCUCCCUGGUCAUACGACAGGCAGCAACGUGCAGGCAGCGACAUCGCGUCGUCGGCGCAAGAAUGAAGCCAACAUGCUCAAAGGUGAGCUGCAGCUCUUGGGCAACCGAGGCUGUGUCGAUGUUGAUGGCGGUGUCAGCAUCGCGGCAACCGAAUUUAACACAAGACAAACUGUAAACGGAACACGCAGCGCCGUCACGGAGUCUGUGGUACUCACCGAGAAUCCCAUGCCCACAGAAAUGACCACCCUGGUGCCGCGGCCCAAUGCCACUCGAACAUGGCUCUAAGGAACCAAAAAGGAGCAACACGAUUCACGAUUCACAUGAGAACUCUUCAAUUAUACAGACGCAAAAUUUACAUUUACAUUUAAUUUAGAAAUUUAUGGAUUAUAUAUACGAGUAAGCUACAAAGAUGACUGAAUGAAAGCAAAGCUAAGUUAUAUUUAAGGUUUAGAAAGGAUAUUUACAUCUAAGUAUGUUUGUGGUAAUUGCAUGUACUUAACACAAUACAUUACAUUAAGCUUAUCAUUAUCAUCCCUUCAACUGUUACUACUUAUGUAUGUAUGAGUAUUGAAAUACUACUUAAGCAUUACCGAGUAGCAUUAAGUCCUUUCAAGUACUGUGAUUUAAUUGAAUGAGCCCUUCAAUUAAAUUUCGGGUAAUUGAUGAACACACAACUCUACUACUGCAUUCGAAAUAUGUUAAAUAAAUAAAUACAUUUAUAAAUCUGCCACUUUGUUCCUACUGAAAGUACGCUACGUAACCUUAAGUCAGAGAUUAUCUCUUAUGCAGUGCAAAGUUCAUAUUUGUUGCUUGAGUUUUAUACUUUGCCUGCAAUUCAUGAAAGCAUUAAUAUAUCAUGUUAAUUAGGUAUAUUUGUAUAUAUAAGUGCAGACUUUAAAAGCAGCAUUAAACGUGUCCAUAGCUUAAAUGUGUCUGUGUUUAUUAUGUGUGUGUAAAAUUCUCUUUUAACUUUCCAAUAACGAAUUCGGUUUUAAGUUUCAACCAAGUGUUUUUGGAUACUGUAUGUAUGUAGGACCUUAAAUAAAUUAUAAUAAAAAC